CAGUAAUCUCCCUUCACUUGGACCAUUAUGUUUUUGAUGUGAGCUCACCGAAAUUAUCUCUUAUUCAAAGUUGUUCACGAUAAUUUGCAAUGACUACAGCAGCAAGGCCUACCUUUGAACCAGCUAGGGGUGGCAGAGGUAAAAAUGAAGGUGACCUUAGUGCACUGUCAAAGCAAUACUCCAGCAGGGAUUUACCAUCACACACUAAACUAAAAUACAGACAAGAAGGGCAGGGAACCAGUGAAGAAUUGAGAAGCCGUGACUUCAGACGUGACAUUGACGAUAGAGAAAAGAAUGUCAGAGAAAAAAGGGACAGAAAUAGAGAAUCUGGCAGCAGCAGCAGCAGUAGUAGUAGCAAGAGACAAAGAUUAGAACAGAUACCAGCAUCUAACCUUGAUGCAGAUGAUCCUAUAGAUGAUGAUGAUGAUGAUGAUUCGUCAGAUGAUGAAGAUGAUGCUGCUGAAUUAAUGGCUGAAUUACAAAAGAUUAAAAAAGAAAGAGCAAAUGAAAAGGUUCGACUGGACGUGGAGAGAAAAGCUGAGGAAGAAAGAAUCAGAACUGAAAAUAUCUUGAAAGGAAAUCCUCUCCUAAAUAAGGAUAAAGAUAAAGGGGGAAACUUUAAUGUUAAAAGGAGGUGGGAUGAUGAUGUCGUGUUCAAGAACUGUGCAAAAGGAGAGGAGAAGAAGUCAGCAUUCAUAAACGAUACACUUAGAUCUGAAUUUCAUAAAAAGUUUAUGGAGAAAUAUAUAAAGUAGUCCAAGUUUUUAAUUUUAUGUUUUACUUUGCAAAUGUAUACUUGAAUAUGUGGGAGCCCUUACAGAGAAUAUUUUAACAAGGCCAUCUUUUAAAAUAUGUUUCCCAAACUGAUCCUCCAUUUUCACAGUUGGUUGGUAGGAGGGUUUUUUUUUUUAAACAGUUACAUAUUGAAAGAUACAUUAAUCUAGAUACCACCUGCAAAUGAUAUUUUUCCUUAUUUACUAUUGGAAAAUGUUUAUUGUCUUCAAAAAUUGUCAAAGUUGAUUUCUGCAUUUGUUUCACAUGUCAUCACCAGUCAUUUAAACUUGUCAAAGUCAAUAUUUUCAAGUUUGUGAAGCAAGGGAACAACUAAAUGUAAAGUCUGAAACGGUGUCAGGAAAUUCUGACAAUUUUUCAGUGUUUUAUAAAAAAGAUGACAACAAAAUGCUCUUGAAAAUGUUUCUGUAACAUUGGUUUUUAACAGUAGGUAGGAAGUGGGAAAUAAAAUUUUUAAUAUUUUACCAACUUAAAUUGGGUAGUUAAAAUAGUAAAUUAAUUUGAUUCUUUCUCUCUUUUUUUUUUUCUCAAGCAUAUCUCGUUAGGAAAUCUUCAGCUGUAUACCUUUUAUUGUUCAUAAACAUGAUAAAGGAAACAUUGUCUUAUUUGCCUGUUUUAAAUUUAAAUCACCAUAUCAUUAAUGUAUCAAUAAGUUUCAUGUACAAAACUUCAUGAUGGACAUGUAUUUCUGUUUGUGAUCACUGAUGUAAAUAUACAUGUAUGUAAAUAAAGUUGUUUUUUGUGCAUUGUAAA